AUGCAACUCAUGAUCGGUCGAGGUCUUACAGAUAUCCGGAAACCAUCCCUCAAACUCCUUGACCAGAUCCAACGAGGCCUGGUUCAACUUGGGCGGACCACACUCCUCUUCGACAUCGCCGCCACCACUCGCACUCAGACAACAGUCAACCCCGGUAGCACAUCCACCACCCGACACCACCGUCCCACCACAAGUCCCACGCCGCUGACAGAACCCAUCCUUCCCUUCAGCCUUGCACCUGCCAUAAUCACAGCACCUAACCCCCUUUGGGCCAGGACACAGCCCACUCGUCGUUGUACCGCCCGCCGCACACCCCUCAGCCGGCACACAAGACCCGGGAACGCCUCCGGGCGCGCUGCACGACUGCCACGUGCAGCAGGUGAUGCCAGCGUCGCCCGGGCAGAGGCCCCUGGUGACCGUGCCGUCGGUGCAGGAGGUGGAUGGCACGCACAGACCGGUGAGGUUGGCCUGGGCCGGGACGGUGCAGGUGCCGUAGGUGCAGCACUGGACGUCGGUUGGGGUGCCGGGGCAUAG